UGCCCCCAUCCCUGGCUGUCCAUCUGGCUGGAAGUGUCGCUCAGGUGACCCUGUACUCUCGAGAUCUACCUGUCUGAAAGUAGAACGCAGGUGAUCCACAGCGAGCAGCAGUGUCCCCUCCCACUAGCCGGGCUGAAGCCAGUGUUGUCUAAACAUCGAAGUCAGGAACGCGGAGUAUGAAGUUUGACGACGUGUUGGCGUUACUGGGGGAGUUCGGGCCGUACCAAAAGCGACUGUACUUCCUGGUGUGUCUGACAGGGAUCUGUGUCGCCUUCCAGACGCUAGCAUCUGUCUUCACCCUCACCGUGCCCCCUCACAGAUGUAAGAUCCCCGGCUACGACAACGACACAUACGCCGUGCAGAAUGGCUACCACCACGAACUCGUGAACCUCACCAUUCCCGUCUCCGAUGGCAAGUACUCAAAGUGUGAAGUCUACACAAACGGGGACUCCACAAUUUUAUCAAGGGGAGACAACUUCACAAAGCGCGAGUGUGACAGCUGGGUGUAUGACAGAUCGACCUUUGUUUCCACCAUCGCCACAGAUCUGGACAUCGUGUGCGGCGACAGAUUGGUGCGGACCUUGUCCAACUCCCUAGUGCUGGCGGGCAAGCUAGUCGGCUCCACCCUGCAGUGCUUCAUCAGCGACAUAUUCGGUCGUAAAAAGUCGUUCUUCAUGUUCCUCUUCCUGAUGAUACUUACCGGCUUCGCCAACUACUUCCCCUUCAACUUCACCUCGUUGAUGAUCUUCCGCUUUCUUGCCGGGCUCACCACGACAUCGACGUUCCUGGGAGCCUUUGUUAUAGGUGUGGAGUUUGUGGGUCCGUCCAAGCGUGUGUGGACCGGCCUGGUGAUCGAGCUGUUCUGGGUGCUGGGGAUGGUCAUCAUGGCGGGCCUCGCCUACUUCCUCCGGGACUGGCAUCACCUGGUUCUCGCCCUGGCCUCGCCCGCUGUCCUCUUCCUCAGCUACUGGUGGCUCAUACCGGAGUCUCCCCGCUGGUUGAUGUGAAAAGGCCGGUUGAAGGAAGCCGAAAACAUCAUACGAAAGGUCGCCAAGGUCAAUAAGGUCACGCUCCCGGAAAUGUUGUUUGACGAAAAAACAAUGGCGGCGGACAAUGAACCGAAAGGGAAGCUGAAGGAGAUGUUCACCAACAAAACUCUGGCAGUGCGGUCCUUGAUCCUCUUCUACAUCUGGAUGGUGUCGAGUCUGGUGUACUACGGCCUCACCCUGAACGUCUCCAACCUCAGCGGCAAUAUCUACGUCAACUUCGUGCUGUCGGCGCUGGUGGAGGCGGUGGGGUACGUCCUGGCUAUCUUCCUAC